CCCCGCAGAAGAUGCGAGCCGACUUGGACUUGAAUGAGGCGAGCUGGAAGACCGUCAGACAGACGGAUACAAAGUAGCACAAGCUGUCUAUUAACAAACAUCGGGGAUACUGGAGUACGGAGGCCAGGCACCGGCCCGGGGUGGGGGGGGGACCAAGGCAACUGAGACCCGUGAUAAACCCCCCGACUGCCGCCGGCAGACUCGCACCGAAGAAAGAAAACGGCGUUUCAUGUUUCUGUUAGAUCUCAGCCUCUACGAGAAGGAAAGAAAACCGGAGAAUCUGGGUCUAUCGUUUGGGUUUUGUUUUUCCUUCUUCCCUUUUGUAGUUUCACAUUUAAAUGUUUAACUUAAUGGGUCUAAAAAACGGCACUGCGGCCAUCCAGACCAAUGUAUCCUGUACAUGCAACUGCAAACGCUCGACUUCGUUCCAGAGUAUGGAGAUCACCCAGCUGGAAUUUGUGCAGAUCUUAGUCAUCGUGGUGGUGAUGAUGGUGAUGGUGGUGGUGAUCACCUGUCUGCUCAAUCACUACCGGCUGUCAGCCCGAUCCUUCAUCUCCAGGCACAGUCAAGCUCGCCGACGCCACCUACCGCUGGCCUCUGAUGGGAGUCUGUGGCCAUCAGAUGGACCUGGGUCCUCUAGUGGUGUCAGUGAGCAGCAGGUCUACAGCCCCCGGCCCCCGGACCGAGUUCCCUCCUACCUGCAGAGGGAGCGUCUGGCCCGGUUCCAGCCCACCUACCCCUACCUGCCGCACUCCAUCAUUGACUUGCCCCCCACCAUCUCCCUGUCAGAUGGGGAGGAGCCCCCUCCUUACCAGGGGCCUUGUACCCUACAGCUGCGGGACCCCGAGCAACAGCUGGAGCUGAACAGAGAGUCGGUGCGGGCCCCCCCCAACCGCACCGUUUUCGACAGCCACCUGGCCGACACCCCGCUCUGCCCCCCCAGCCUCCGCGCCGGCGUCAGCGCCACCUCCGCCCGAGACUGCCCCGGGGAGGUGCGCGAUCGGGGCGCGCCACCCACCUACAGCGAGGUCGUCGGGCACUACUACCACCCCACGCUGUCCCGGCAGAGGCCGGCUGGGGCGCCACAUCCCCCCGCCCCCACGCUCAUGCACGGGGUCCUGCAGCAGUCGCACCUGGGAGGCCUGGAGAGUAGUAGCUCCCGCAGCAAGGAAAAGAAGCAGCCACAGCAGGUGUGAGUGUGACCGCGACCAUGACCACAGCAAGUGUGACCGUGACCGUGGUCACACCCCGCGGCAGGUGUGAGUGUGACCGCGAGCAUGGUCACACCCCGCGGCUGGUGUGUGUGUGACUGCGACCGCGGACCCACCCAGCGGCAGGUGUGAGUGUGACCGUGACCGUGGUCACACCCCGCGGCAGGUGUGAGUGUGACCGCGACCUCAGCAGGUGUGUCCAGGUCGGCCCCUGAGCACUAUGAGUCCGAGGGCAGACGGGCUGCUUCACUGCACAAUGACUGCACCUCCCCAAUCUCAGCCUGGUCUUUAUAUAAACACGCACCCCUUACCUGUUAUCUUUUUGCUUACAGCCUGUUCACCACGCCAUUGUGUUUUCUUUUCCAGCUAUUUAAUAUUAUAACUGUUCACUAGAGUUUCCACAAGCUGCCAGUAUUUAGCCAGUUGCUUUUAUCAUUUAUUUGAGAUGCUGAUGUCUUUAAAGCAAACAAGUCUUCCUCCAUUUUUUUUUUUUUUUAAACUCUCUGCAUGCAUCCCCCCCAGGGGGGUGCGAUGUCUGUGGGCUGGCCAGUUUCUCCCAGCCCCACAAGGUGGUCAAUAAGCUGUCAGCCACUCUCCCAUCCUGACCUGUGUCAUUCAUUUGUUUUUGUUUGUUUUUGUUUGAAAACACCCCCCCCCCCCCCCCCC